GAAGGAGCGAGAGGCGGUGAUGGGGUUGGGAGUUGGGCACCGGGUUGCGCGGGACGUGGGCAGAUUGCGCACAGUGCGAGUUGGCUCCAGGGCUCAGCGGCGGCGAUGAAGCUCGCGGUCCUGUCCUCGCUCGUCCUGCAGCUGCUCCUGUUAGUUCUACCCUCUUCCUCUGCACGAAGGAAAAAGCGACAGAGUGACUACUGGGGUCCCUGGGGAGCCUGGGGAGAAUGCAGUAGGACCUGUGGCAUUGGGGUGAGCUUCCAUGAACGCAGGUGUUUUUCCUACAGGAGAGACGGCGGUAGCAACUGCAUCGGCCCAUCCAGAAAUUACCGCUCCUGCAACAUUCAGGAUUGCCCGGAAGGAUCUCGAGACUUCAGAGAAGAGCAGUGCUCUGAGUUUGAUGGAAAUGAAUUCCAGGGAAAGAGAUACAAAUGGCUACCGUAUUAUGGAGCUCCGAACAAAUGUGAACUGAAUUGCAUUCCCAAAGGGGAAAACUUUUACUAUCGGCAUCGAGAAGCAGUCAGAGAUGGAACGCUGUGUGAACCUGGGAACAAGAACAUUUGUAUAGAAGGGGUUUGCAAGCUUGUGGGCUGUGACAAUACACUCGAUUCAUCGCAGACUGAAGACAAAUGCCUGGAAUGUGGAGGAGACGGGAGCAGCUGUUAUGAAGUGAAAAGGAUAUUUAAUGCGAAUGACUUACCAAUAGGUUACAACCAGAUCUUUAUAAUCCCUAUUGGGGCAACGAGCAUUCGGAUCAGGGAAGUGGUGCCCACUCGAAAUUUUCUGGCAAUUAAAAAUGUUCGUAGUGAAUACUACCUGAAUGGACAUUGGACCAUUGAUUUCAGCCGAGCAUUGUACAUUGCAAACACUGUCAUUCAUUACGAGAGGGGAUCUGAAGGGGAUCUGGCGCCAGAGGUCAUUCAUGGGCGAGGACCCACCUCCGAGCCCUUGGUAAUCGAGAUUAUCAGCCAGGAGCUAAAUCAGGGCGUUGAGUAUGAAUACUUCUUACCUCGCUACAAAAGGCAGCCCCAAGGCUACUUCUGGAGUUUUGGCUCUUGGAGUUCGUGCAGUAAAGAAUGUGGUGGAGGCUACCAGACACGACUUACAUUUUGUACCAUUGACAGCGAAGCCUAUCCAGAUCAGCUGUGCCAGGCUGAGCUGAGGCCGAUCAGCAACAAGACCUGCAACAUUCAGCUGUGCCCUCAGACAAAACGGAUUUCAUUCGUAAAUCGACCGAGAGGGUGGAGUGAAAGUGAAUGUCAAAGGUCAGAAGUUUACAGAUGGAAGACGGGUGACUGGGGAAUGUGUUCAGUCACAUGUGGAGGAGGGGUUCAGACCAGGUCUGCGUAUUGCACUUACGUGGACAGAAGUGGAGCUGAGUUGGUGGCGGAUGUCACUGAAUGCGUUGGGGCUGGAGGCAAGCCUCAAUCCCGGCGCGCAUGCAACCUUCUUCAGUGUGCUGCGUGGAUCGGGACACAGUGGUCCGAGUGUUCAGUAACUUGUGGCGAAGGGAUUCAGACCAGAUCAGUUUCAUGUAUGUCGCAAUCAGGUAGUCAGCUUCCAGCCUUUGCCUGUUCGUCUCAACUCAGGCCUUCAGCAUCUCAGGCCUGUGUGCUCAGCUCAUGUACUGAAGCUGCUUCAUGGUACAUUGAAGCCUGGGGGCCGUGUUCAGUAUCUUGUGGCGAAGGGAUUCAGACCAGAUCGGUUUCAUGUAUGUCACAAUCUGGUAGUCAGCGUUCAGCCUUUGCCUGUUCAUCUCACCCCAAGCCUUCAAUGACUCAGUCCUGUGUAUUCAGUGCCUGCUCUGAAAGCUUUUCGUGGUACAUUGGAACCUGGGGUCUGUGUUCCAAGAGCUGUGCUUCAGGACGACGGAAACGCCAGGUCCUUUGCUACGAUCAGGAUCUCAAAUAUCAGCUCCCAGAACUAUGUAACCUCAGGGCUCGACCACACGAAAUUGAGGAAUGCAACACGCAACCGUGCUUCCUGCCGCAAGAUGUUCCGAGUAUGCAGGACCCCACAGGAUUUGAUCCAGAUAGAGAGAUACAGAUUGUCCCAUUUGCUGGCGGUCAGCCAUCUUCAGACUGGUACCCUAGCCAGGAUUACCUCCCAGGAAGAAGAGAGUCCAACCAGCUUCCUUCUCUGUCACGAAGAAAUGAAUGGGAGCGGCCGACCUACUACCAUUUUGUCCCCGAAUCGGAUUAUCCUACUUCAGGAAGCGUUUCCAACCCAUCGAGACCCAACCCACCUCAGCCACGCCAGGAACUGCUGGCACCCUCUCUGAACGAUUGUACUGUGGAAUCUUAUGGCUGCUGCCCUGAUGGCUUUGCCCCAGCGAGAGGACCGGGAGGGCAGGGCUGCCCAUCCAUUCCGUGCUACAAAAGCAGGUAUGGAUGUUGCCCUGAUGGAGUGACUUCGGCAAAAGGAGCUGAUCAUGCAGGGUGUCCGAGGCAUCACACAGAUCAUUAUAAUGAAGAUACCAGGGGAACGUCUGAUUCCCGUGUUUCGACUCGAGAUGAACCAUCAACCAGUGCGUGCCGAGGUUCUACAUUUGGCUGCUGUCACGACCAGUCCACCUCUGCUUCAGGCCCCACUGGAGAAGGAUGCAGGAAUGUGCCUCACUAUCCUUACCCAAUUGGGUGCCUGUUACCAAGUGCCAAUGGCCCAUGCGCUGACUGGAUGGUACGCUGGUUCUUUAUUGCCAAUGCUGGCGUUUGCAACCGUUUCUGGUACGGAGGGUGCCACGGGAACAAAAAUAACUUCCAGACAGAAGAAGAGUGUCUGAGGAAGUGCAAGGGAUCAAGUUCCCAGGGUGUUCCUGUCAGCACAGUGGAUGGAAUACCCCAAAGUUGGCUGCCUCACAUUGAAGAGACAAACCAGCGUGAGCCACUAUAUCCUGUGAGACCUGGGGCUUCGAUAAACCAGUUGCCUGUUCAACCUCAACCAGAGCAAACUGUAUACAGGUUGAAUAUAGAAAGGCGUGAUCCCUCGUCUGUGGAUGCAAGUCCUGGGCAGACAGCAAAGUUGCUCUGUAGGUUCGAUGCGUCUCCUUCUCAGACUGUUGAAUGGCGCAAGGAUGGCAGGACGAUCUACUCAACAAGGCACACCACACAUUCAGAUGGCUCACUGGUGAUCAGUCGGGUCACAGAAACAGAUGCUGGAUUGUACACCUGCCAUGUCUCCAAUGGACGAGAUCAGGAUUUCCGUCACGUUAAGCUCAACGUUCAAGCGGCUUCUUACAUUCGUCCAGAUUUAUCUGUUGUUGAAGCUCGGGUUGGGUUCACUGCUCAGUUGCCGUGUCGGGCUGAAGGAGUGCCGAGACCGGAGGUGUUUUGGGAAAGAAAUGGUGCACGGCUGGGAGCAGCAGCGAGGCCUCGCCUCACUCAGUUGGAUGACUACUCCUUACGGUUUACUGCGGUAGUGCCUGGUGAUGCGGGGGAGUACAUCUGUGUUGCUCACAAUAACGUGGGGCCUAUACAAAGGAAGGUGGUGCAACUUAAGGUCAAAGGGGAACUGAAGAUUACAUUACCUCCAGAAGAUCUUCACAUUCGUGAAGGAAGAACGGCCAGGUUUCCAUGUGUGGUGUCUGGUAAUAAUGUCACUGUGCGAUGGACAAGGAAUGGAAUUCCUCUGCAAGCUGAUGGUCAGCACAUCUACAUUUCACGAGACGGUACCUUGGUUUUAAGUGAUGUUCAGCGUGAAGAUUCUGGUACCUACACCUGCAACGCUUACAGCGGCUCACACUCUGUUAGUGCAAAUGCAGACCUGACGGUCACAUGUCCGUAUGAUUGAAAAUAGGUAACUAAGGCACCCUGUGGGAUUCAACUCAGUGCGAAAAUUCUGUACAACUAAAGAUGAUCAAGAUAUUUCUGACAAUACUUUGUAUAUACUAUGGAACUGAUUUUUAAAAAUCUUGCCAUAGUAAUAGAUGUUUGAACGAUAAGUGCUUUGAAAAGAUUAACCAAGUUUGAUAUAUUUGCUAUGGUUUUGUAAAUCUUGCAUAUUGAGCACUGCAGCUUUGUUUAUACACUGACAUGAAUUUGUUGGUUUAAUAUUGUACAUUUUAAUGGUCACCAAAAUUUCAUCAAGUGCAUUUUUAUGGAUCAAAUGGUCAUGUGUAAAAGAUGUAUAUUACGUACUGAUUAAUCAAUGAAUUAAAACAUCUUGUUUUGAA